CCUUGACUACUCCCACCUGCGCACACACCACUGUCGAUACUUCACACUCUCCACUUCGCCGCUGUCAUGGCACGGAGAAGCUCAGCACGUCUGCGCGAGCGCUCCACCACCCCGAAGCGCGUGUCGCUGUCCCACGAUGCCAUUACACGCACACCACGCACAAUGCCCGCCAAACUCAGCUCUCUUCAGGAGAGCGACGAGAUGCCCGGCGCAUUCCCGAGCUCCGUCUCGCCCUCAGAGAACAAGCUGGUGCUGAACCCAGUGAUUCCGAAGAACCUCGCGACACCCUCGAAAGCCACACCCAUCAAGCCCUCGGAGCAGGAAAUGCACCCCCAACUUCACCAUCAGUCCACGGCGAAGCCAUUGGAUGAAGCACGUCACCUGGGAUUCUCCAACAUGGGAGCUCACACCGAACCACCACGUCAGACGAACCGCCUCGCAAUGCUGCAGGGCACUCCUACCCGAGCUCGCGACCUCGAGCAAG